AUGAUGCCACUCAUCGCGACUUAUGAAGAUGAGCAAGUUCGGGCUAAUUUGCGCUCCACGCACGCCUUCCCGGUGAGCAUCGCCAAGCGUCGUGACUAUCGAUACUUGGAAGCAUUCUACACCGACCGCAAGCAGUGUCGAUCCAGAGCCGGUGUAAAUCGUUUUUCCAAUAAGUGCUGA